AUGGCGCUGCUCUCCUUUGCAACGCUUGCAUACGCUGUUCCGCUGUGCAUCUUUUACUACGCCGUUGCGUACUACCUCGGCCGCCACCGCCUUCAGCGCUUUGCCAAAGCCAACAACGCUACUUUCCCAAAACAUGUGUCCUCCAACAUUCCAUUUGGCAUUGGGUUCCUAUGGAGAAUCCUCGAAAAUGGCAAAAACGGAGGUGACCUGAUCGACGACAUCUUCGAGAAGGACUACCAGACCAACGGGCCCACAUACACCAUGCCGGGCUUCUUUAGUCGUAGGACGCUGCACACCGUCGAACCUGCCAACAUCCAGGCCAUCCUGGCCACGAAGUUCAAAGACUUCGAUUUGGGAGAGUUGAGGAUCGAGCAAUUCCGCCCUCUGCUGGGAACCAGCAUCUUCACUGCAGACGGCCCGUUCUGGGAGCAUUCCAGAGCAAUGUUCAGACCGCAAUUCUCCCGCGACAACAUCAACGACUUGCAAAAGACGGAGUUGGCAGUGCAGUCGCUGUUCAAGGCUAUGCAGCUAUCCGGAAAGCAGAGCGACGGCGCCGUGGAGAUCGACAUCAUGCCUCUGCUCUUCCGCUUCACCCUCGACACCGCCACGGGUUUCCUUUUCGGAGAGAGCGUAGAGUCGCAGAUGGCUGCCGCCACCGGCAAGACCUCCGAGACGAGCGCCGCGACGGCCAUGGCGGCCGACCAGGACGACAGCGACAUGACCUUCGCCGAAGCCUUCCACGAGGCGCAAAUGUGGAUCACCCUGCGCGUCCGGUUCCAGGGGCUCUACUGGCUCGCGCCCGUGAAAAGAGGCCAGAAGGCCGUGGAUUACAUGCGCAAGUACGUCAGCCACUACGUGAAGCUCGCCCUCAGCUCCGCGAAGCCCUCGUCGGAGAAGUACAGUCUCAUCGACGCCCUCGUCGAACAGACGCGCGACCAGUACGAGCUGAGAGACCAGAUCCUGGGCCUCCUCCUGGCCGGACGCGAUACCACUGCCACGCUGCUCUCCUGGGUGUUGCUGCUCAUCGCGCAGCACCCUGAUGUUUUCGAAAAGCUCCGCGAGUCCGUCAUCAACGACUUCGGCCCCUACAGCGACGACGCGAGCCACAUCAACUUUGCCACGCUCAAGGACUCCCAGUACCUGCAGUUUGUCCUGCGCGAGACGAUGAGAAUAUACAACCCGGUCCCGAUGAACCUCCGCAAGGCCGUCCGCGACACGGUCCUGCCGAGGGGCGGAGGCCCGGAUGGGCUCUCGCCUAUCGUGGUCCCCAAGGGCCAGACGGUGAACUUUGCGCCGUAUGUGCUGCAUCGGAGACAGGACAUCUGGUCUUCGGACGCGCUGGAGUUUAAGCCUGAGAGAUGGGAGGGUAUGAGGCUGGACUGGAACUAUAUCCCCUUCAGCGGCGGGCCGCGUAUCUGCAUUGGACAACAAUUUGCCCUCACGGAAGCUGCGUUCCUUCUUGUGCGGCUGCUGCAGAAGUUUGACAAGAUGGAUUGGGUUGGCCGCCAGGGCAAGCCGAGGAAGGACGUUCACUUCACCAUGGCGCCGAGGGAUGGUGUUCCGGUGAAGUUGCGUUACGCUAACUGA